AUGCCGACCAGAACUGCCACUCGCAGCCUGACGGAAUCGGAAAUAAAACUUUUGAGCUCCAUCCCUGAAAUUGAAUCGUCCGUCUUUGAAAUGGUCAAGACGCUGUCAGCGCUCGUGUCGGAAUCUGCAAACCGGGAGGUCCGUCUCAAAAACAGGAUUGACGAACUGGUCAUGCAGAUAACAGGACUGAAAGAGGAGGUUGUCGCUGUAAUGUUCCUGUCGUCUCUAUGCAGUCCUACCAAGCAACACGCUCUCGUUACAGCCACUGCUGACGAUCCAGUCCUGCAACAAGUAAUCCAGCAUACCCUCCAUGGCUGGCCGACCAAGGUCAACGCAGACCUGGAAGCCUACCGCAACGAACGUGGCUCGCUCUCAGUUCACGACGGUCUGCUGUACCACGGAUUUCGGAUCGUAGUCCCGGCAUCCGAGCGCAAAGCUACACUUGCCACUUUGCAUGACGGCCACCAAGGCAUAACCAAGUGCCUGGCCCGUGCGAAGUCCUCCGUCUGGUGGCCAGGUAUCACACGUGCCAUUUCAGAAUGCGUGCAGAACUGCCUGACCUGCACCAAGCAUCGUUUUCAGCCGCCAGAGCCUCUGUCUCCAACUGCGUUUCCCUCUUUGCCAUGGGAGAGAAUAGGAGUCGACCUUUGCCAACAUGACGGUCAGGAGUACCUCAUUGCUGUCGACUACUUCUCCAGGUACAUUCACGCCAUCCCGCUACGGAAGACUACCUCUGGAGCCGUCAUCAAGGAACUCCACGAGCUGUUCGCCAUCCAUGGCAUCCCUCAAGUCCUUGUGUCGGACAACGGUCCACAGUUCGCAAGUGCUGAAUUCGCCGCAUUCACAGCCCAAAUGCAGCUCACCCACCGCACCAGUAGCCCGCACUACCCACAGAGCAACGGUGAAGCUGAGCGAGCGGUUCGAACAUUCAAGCGUCUCCUGAAGACCAACAACAGCCUCAACGAUGCCUUACUCAACUACAGGUCAACACCCCUCGCAAAUGGCUACUCGCCAGCCGAGCUCUUGUUUGGUCGUCGUCUACGCACACACCUCCCAUGUACAGCGGAAUCCCUCGCUCCAAGUUGGCCUGAUAUUUCCAAGCUAAGGAAGUUCGAGGUGAGGCAGAAAGACCGACAGAGUGAGACGUACGACUCGUCACACCGAGCACAAUCUCUGCCACCAUUGACCCAAGGCGACCGAGUCUGGGUGCAAGAUCUCGCUUCCGAAGCCGUGAUUGCAGACCGCGUCUCCGACAGAUCCUAUAUUGUCACGACCGACAACCUGUCCGAGUACCGCCGCAACCGUCGCCACGUCAAGUUGCUACCUGAUGUGCAACCAACACCAACACCGCAGUUGAAUGUCACUACACCUGCAGAACCUCCAUCCGCUGAUGUCGAGUUCCAGCCUACCUUGCGCCGAUCAGCACGUCCAUCCCGGCCGCUGAACAGACUCGACCUGUAA